AUGGCCCGAGGGAUACCCGAAGGACUCGCUGUACGAAUUACUCAUGCCCUAGCGCGCAAGCACAUGAGACCUUACCAUGAGGAUACAAAAUCCCCAUUACAACGUCUUGCCCACUCCAUUUUUAGAGCCGGAACGCCGGCAUUCUAUCCAUCCUUGAUAUUCUGACUCAGAUAGUGGACGUUCAAUGCGCGAUGGUCGAGUAGGCUUGUAACGAACGAGUCCCAACUGCUGCGUAAGCAGUUGGAAUAGGGUCACGGGGACGAGCUCGGAGAAGGUCCUUGGGGAAAUAUAUAAGAUGGUCCUGAUGAGAUUCGCCUCAUUCUCAGCUCGCAGCACUUGGACACCUCUAGCGUAUCAUCAUGUCGACACCAAUCAAGAAGAUGCCUUAUGUUCAGCUGGGGAAGUCCGGCCUGAAAGUCUCCAAGAUUAUCUUGGGCUGCGGGUCGUAUGGAUCUUCACAAUGGGCUGACUGGGUCAUCGAGGAUGAGCAGGAAGCAUUCAAGCAUAUCAAGUUCGCGUACGACCACGGAAUCCAAACCUUCGAUACCGCGGAUAUGUAUUCAAACGGUCAGUCCGAGAUCAUACUCGGAAAAGCUAUCAGAGAGCUCCAGCUCCCUCGAGAUGAGCUCGUUAUCAUGACGAAAGUGUUCUUCCCCGUUGGUAAGAAUCACACUACUGGCUUGAACCCGGACGAAAUCGGCUUGGUAAACCAAUAUGGCUUGAGCCGCAAGGUCCGCUGCUUCUCAGUUUCGUCCUUUCUGGAACGUCUUCAACUGGAUUAUGUCGAAGUUCUGCAGUGGAAGUUUGACCUUAAUACUCCUAUUGAGGAGACGAUGCAAGCUCUUCAUGAUGUCGUCAAAACUGGGUAUGCUCGCUACAUCGGCAUGAGUUCUUGCUAUGCGUACCAAUUUCACGCCAUGCAGAAUUAUGCCAUCUCGCACAAUCUGACACCUUUUAUCUCAAUGCAGAACCAUUAUAAUCUGGUAUACCGCGAGGAAGAGCGUGAGAUGUUCCCAACGCUCAAGCUGUUUGGCGUCGGCGCCAUUCCUUGGUCGCCUCUCGCACGUGGAUUCCUCACUCGUCCUUUGAGCGUAUCCACGAAACGAUCUGAAACUGAUAAGUACGCACAGCAGUUGUCUACAAUUAGAGAUCUUGACGGUCCCAGCGUGGAUACUCAGGACAUUGUAAACAGGGUUGAGGAAUUGGCAAAGAAGAAAGGCGUCACCAUGGCCCAGAUCGGUACCGCCUGGAUUUUGGCGAAAGACGGUGUGACCGCUCCAAUAGUCGGCUCAACCAAUUUAAAGAACUUGGAGGAUCUGGUCGCUGCUGUUCAUAUUUCGCUUUCCGAGGACAAGUUCUUGGAAGAAGCAUACAAGCCUUCUGCUGUUCUUGGUCACACCUAGAAGGGUGCGCACAGUGGAUACCGGUAGAAAUGUUCUCGUGGUUUUUAUCUUCGAAGA